UGGGCAUGGAUCACGUCAGGGUCCAUCCUAAGUUUCUGCAUUCAAAUGCGACCAGCCAUAAAUGGGCUCUGGGAGCUUUUGCGGAGCUUCUAGAUAAUUCUCUAGACGAGGUCUGUAAUGGAGCUACAUAUGUUCUCGUAGAUGUGCUGGGAAACAAGAAAGAUGGUACUAAAAUGUUGCUAGUAGAAGAUAAUGGUGGUGGAAUGACUCCUGAUAAAAUGAGGCAGUGCAUGUCUCUGGGCUAUUCUGCAAAAAGCAAAAUUGCCAACACCAUUGGUCAAUAUGGAAAUGGGUUUAAGACGAGUACAAUGAGGCUAGGAGCAGAUGUUAUUGUGUUUUCACGCUGUCUAGGGAUUGAUGGACAAAGCCUCACACAAAGCAUUGGAAUGCUAUCCUACACAUUCCUGAGGGGUACUAAAAAGGAAGAUAUUGUGGUCCCAAUGAUUGAUUACGAGCAUACAGGACAGCGGUGGAACAAGAUGAUACGAUUUUCACUAAAUGACUGGAAUAGGAAUUUAGCAACCAUAGUGCAGUGGUCACCUUAUGAAAGUGAAGAAGAUCUUCUUAAGCAGUUCGAUUUCCUGAAACAUUGUGGUACGCGUAUAAUAAUAUACAAUCUUUGGGAAGAUGAUGGAGGAAGUCUGGAACUUGAUUUAGACACUGAUCAACAUGAUAUUCAACUUAAAGGAAAUAACCGAGAUGAAAAGAGCAUACAAAUGGCAAAAAGAUAUCCAAACUCUAGGCACUUCUUAACUUAUCGACAUUCACUAAGGAGUUACGCAUCAAUUCUUUAUCUCAGACUUCCUUCUAACUUCAGAAUUAUUCUGCGUGGGCAAGAUGUUCAACAUCAUAGCAUAGUGAGUGACAUGAUGUUAUCACAGAAGAUAACAUACAAACCUCAGUAUAAUCCAGAGAUAAUGCCAGGAGCUUCAAAUAUGGUUGCCGAUGUGACUAUUGGAUUUGUAAAAGAUGCAAAAUAUCAUAUUGAUGUUCAGGGGUUCAAUGUUUAUCACAAGAACAGAUUAAUCCAGCCAUUCUGGAGGGUUUGGAAUGCUGCCGGGAGUGAUGGUCGCGGAGUUAUUGGUGUAUUGGAAGCUAAUUUUGUUGAACCAGCUCAUGAUAAACAGGGCUUCGAGCGAACGCUUGUGCUUUCAAGACUCGAGCAACGAUUGGUGUUGAUGCAAAAGAAUUUCUGGUCUACAAAUUGCCAGGAAAUCGGUUAUGCUCCAAGACGACGUCCAGAUAAAGAAGCUUUGGAAUCUAAGAGAAGGAAGUCCACUUCAGGCGCAAAUAAAAGAUCCCGACCCCGAGAUCGUGCAAUUGAAGAUGGAGUUUUGCAUGAAGCACCACCACGUUCAGAUUCAAAGGUAGCUGCCAUAAGCGAAGUUCGACACGUAACCCUGACAGUAAUUCAAAGAUUGUACUUUGAAAUUUUAUCCUUUUUCUUUGCCAGAUUGAUGGAACUACAGGUGACUGAGUUGCAAUCCAAUUUACAGCAGGAAAGAAAGAAGUGUAAAGCACUUGAAAUUCAACUUCAAGAGAAACAACAACAAAUAGAGGAGCUGGAUAAAGAGCAAGUAGUUCUGGUUGAUAUGAUCUCUGAAGAAAGGGGCCGCCGAGAUGCACUGGAGGAGAAAUUGAGGAAAAGUUUGAAGGAUGCAUCCACGACUAUUGAUUUCCUGCUUGACAAGGUGAAUCGGCUGGAAGAAGGCAGGAAGGAUUAAAGCUGCAAUCAAAAUUAGGAAUACUGGAGGCUGGAGCAGAAUUAGCUUAUGUCUCUGACCAGCCUUGAUGAUCAAUACACUGUUGCCUCACAGAUAGAGUAGUGCGUUCAUAUGGUUUGUGAUAAGAAUAUAAAAGAGGUUGUGUUCCACCUUAAAUUUGAUGUAUAUAUAUGGAGCACAAACCCCUCGUACAUGCAUGUAUAAACUUUUUAGAUGCUAUUAGGAAGCUAUUUUUGUUGAUACAAACGAUAUUAUAUUUUGCAUGAAUUAUUA